CCGUGACGAGCGGUGGGCAGCGCAUCGAGCGUGUGCCGGUCGGCUACCACCUCGUACCGCACAGCAGCGGCGGCGUCACGAGCCAGCCGGUGGGUUACCGCAUCCGCGUUGGCGGCGGCGGCGGCAGUCCGCGGCAUCCUCUACUGCUGGAUGAGCACGGGGGCGUUGCGCGCAAGGUGAGCGAGGUACCGGAUGCAUAUUUCACUAGCCAGUGGGCGCGAAGCGGUGGCAACGAUUCCCUUAAGAGGCGAUCUGUAAGUGACGACGGAUGCCCAUCGUGGCUCUCCCAACCAACGGAGCUUCGCGGCGCCCCCUACUCCGCUGUAGACGCGGCGUGGCGUCCCUUGCUGUCCCCGCUGCUCACGGAGGUUGACCUCCGCCUGCGCCGCCAGCGGCUCGGCGCGCUCUCCGACAUUUGGGCGGCGAGCCCCGCUGCGAUGGACAGAGUUCUUGCGCUCGCGGGGUUUGCGACGGCCCAGCGGGAGACGAUCCUCUGGGAGAUGCAGCGCAUGCUUCGCUUCUCUGCAUGA